AUGGAAACAGCCCUAAAACUAAUAGAUAAUGGCACUUUAUCUCUUAUAAAUGCAGCUAAACAGUUUAAAAUUGACAAAUCUGCUCUUUCGAGAAGACGUACUCGUUUACUUGGUAAACAGGGAAGAAAAACUUCUCUAACCAAAGAAAUGGAAAUAGACUUAAGUGAUAAGAUAAAAAUUAUGGCAAAAUGGGGGUUUGCUCCCACUAAACCAGAGAUACAAGCAAUAGUUCAAACCUAUGUACAAGAAAACCACCUUACUACCCAGUUUAAGGAAGGAAAGCCUGGGAAAGAUUGGUUUAAAAAUUUUUGUAAGCGCAAUAGACUAAGUCAAAAAAACGCAAAAACGCAAGUUUAUUACGUGGCACAAAGCCUUAAAGUUUUUGAGAACGAUGUAGAAGUAAAAUAUCUGAGGCGCAAAGGAUUUAAAUUUAUUUUUCCGGUCAUUGAGGAAAAGUACUUCAUCGACAAAAGUGACAUAGAAAUGAAACUUCCCCAGCCAGAAAUAGAAAAAUUCAUACAGAAAAAUGCAUUCUAA